AUGGCCUCCCCGGCAGCCGUCAACUGCUCCGGCGCAGCCCGGCGCAUCCUCCUCCUCCCCACCACCACCACCCAGCCGGCCACCCGAUCCUUCCCCGGAAGACUCUCCGCCGUCACCUCCCGACCCAUCACCACCCUCCCCUCGACUCCCAGAACCAAAUCCAAAUCAACCCCCAAAACCCAACCACCAACAACACCACCACCGCAACCCCUCCAAACAAGAAGAACCUACCACUCCACCACCCACCCCCCUCCCCCCAGCCCCUUCACCCAAGCCGAAACAACCCUCCUCACCUCCGCCCUAACCUCCCACAUCCCCACCCACGGGUUCACCCUCCCCUCCCUCACCCUCGCCGCCCGCGACCUCUCCCUCCUCGACAUCUCCCCCUCCUUCCUCGGCCCCUCCCCCGUCGCCCGCCUGAUCCACUUCCACCUCUACACCACCCGCACCACCCUCCCCUCCCUCGCCAGCCAGCACAGCGACCUCCUCUCCGGCCUCUCCGUCUCGGGAAAAAUCGAACUCCUCACUUGGCUGCGCCUAAAGCAAAACGAGCCCAUCAUCCAGCACUGGCAGCAGGCCCUCGCGGUCAUGGCCCAGCCCUCCCAGGUCCCCGUCGCCGUCAGGGAGCUCGCCAUGCUGGCAGAUGAGAUCUACUAUCUUGCCGGGGAUAAAAGUGUUGAUCCGAGCUGGUACACCAAGCGGGCGGCCCUCAGUGGUAUCUAUGCCGCGGCCGAGUUGUUCAUGACGACGGACAAGAGCGAGGGGUUCCAGGAGACGAGGCGGUUCCUCAGGAGGAGGCUUCAAGAGGCCGAGGAGCUGGGCGGGGCGGUUAGGAGUGUCGGGGAGUGGGUUGGCUUCACGGCGAGCGCGGGGGUCAAUGUGUUGAGGAGCAAGGGGGUUAGGAUAUAA